AUGCGGGCUGUAGUUCUUCUGCUCCUUGAAGUUAAUCUCGCCUGUGCUGGAACACACUCUCUGAAAUACUUCUUCACUGCUGUGUCUGGAGACAUUGACUUCCCAGAAUUCACUAUUGUUGGUCUGGUCGAUGAAGAACAGUUUAUUUACUUUGACAGCAAUAUGAAGAAAGUUGUGCCAAAAACUGAGUGGAUGAAACAGAAAGAAGGAGCCGAUUACUGGGACACACAAUCUCAGCUGGCAGCUGGAACUCAUCAGGUGUUCAGAAACAACAUACAAGUCGCAAAAGAAAAGUUCAACCACUCAACAGGUGUGCACACAUUUCAGCUGACGUACGGCUGUGAGUGGGAUGAUCAGACUGGAGCAACAGAUGGCUUUCGUCAGGAAGGUUAUGAUGGAGAGGACUUUAUGUCUCUGGAUUUGAAGGAGAUGAGAUGGAUUUCACCAGUGCAGCAAGGAUUCAGCACCCAGAACAAGUGGAACAAUAACAGAGCUUAUCUUGAGGGUAGAAAACAUUACUUCAGCACUGAGUGCAUUGAGUGGCUGCAGAAAUAUGUGGAGUACAGAAAGAGCAGCCUGGAGAAAACAGUUUCUCCUCAGGUGUCUCUGCUGCAGAAGUCUUCCUCAUCUUCAGUCUCAUGUCAUGCUACAGGUUUUUACCCCAGUGGAGUAACAAUCAGCUGGAUGAGAAACGGGCAAGAACAUCAUACGGAUGUAGAUCUUAGUGAAACUCUUCCCAAUGAGGACAGGACCUUUCAGAAGACGAGCACCAUCACAGUUACACCUGAUGAGCUGAAGAAGAACCAGUACAGCUGUGUGGUGAAACAUCAGGGCGAAACCAUCAGAAAGAUCCAGACAGAGAAAGAGAUCAGGACAAACAGGGGAGACUCUGUUCGCUCUGGCUUCAUAGUUUUUGCUGUCGUCGUGUUGGUUGUCAUUGGUGUCGCUGGAUAUAUUGUGUAUCAGAAGAAGAGAGGUGAGGACGGACAACUAUGACAGCUUCUUCUGCUG